UCCAAACCGAUUUAAAUCAAACAAGUAGCGGAUCCAUUCGUUCAUAUCUCUCCAUCUUUACGACUCACCAACAAAAUCCCUUCACUAUUUCCUUCUUUGUUUUUUUCAAUUCGUUUUUCAAGCAGGACUAAAUCGCUCGUCUUCCAUCGGAUUAUUAUAAUUUCUUCUAAUUAAAAAAUAAUAAUAAUGGAGCGGCAAAGGGAGAGAAGCGACGAGGAAGAGAGAUAUAAAAGGAGAAGAGAUGGUGAUAGAUAUAGGAGUGAACGCGAUAGUCGAGAUAGGAGGAUAAGUAACAAGAGUGAUGAUGAAGGUGGUUAUGAUAGGAGAAGGGAUCGGGAUGGGGAGAGGAGGAAGGGUGAUAGUUAUACAAGCGAUAGGAGUAGAAAGAUGAAUAGGGAUGAUGGUAGGAGGAGGACAAGUGGGAGGAGUGACGAUGAAGACGUUGAUGAGAAACGGGGAAGUAAAGAUAAUGUUAAAGGGAGUGACGAUGAAGAUGAUGGUGGCUUGAGAAGAGGUAGGCGUAUGGAGUUGAGGGGUGAUCAUGAGAAUGGUACUGAUAGGAAGAGAAGAAGUGGGAGUGACGAAAGUGAGGAUAGUGAUACGAGUAAUAGGAAAAGGAGGCAAGACAGUGACGAAGAGGGUGAAAUUAGGAAAACGGUGGAUAAACGUGGGGAGAAGCGUGACGGGGACGUUGGUGAUACCAGGAAGACGUUGAGGAAAGGGAUGCGUGAAGACGGGAGUGAUGAGGAAGAUGGUGAAAUCAGGAAGAGAGGGAGAAAAGGGAAGCGUGAAGACAGGAGUGAUGAGGAAGACGGGAAAGUUAGGAAGAGAGGGAGAAAAGGCAUGGAUAGAAGAAGUGACGAUGAAGAUGAUCGUAAAGACAGGAGGAGAAGGGAUAGGAAGAAGCAUAUGAGUGAUGACGAAGAUGAUAAGUUUAAGAGGAGAAGGGGUAGGAAGAAGGAUAUGAGUGACGACGAAGAUGAUAGUUUUAAGAGAAGGGAUAGGAACAGGAAUGGAAGGGAUGAUGAUGAAGAUGAUAGUAGGAGAAGAGAUGGUAAGGACAGGAGAAGCAACGGUGACCAUAAAGGUAAAAGAAGUGAUGAUGCAAAGAAUGAUCAAAAUGGGGAUAAGGAGAAGGUGGAUGAAGGUCCAAGGUUCCAAAAGUUGGCCGAAAUGCAAGAAGGCAUGACCAAUUUAGGGAAAAGUGGAGGGGUGUAUAUUCCACCAUUUAAGCUGGCUCGGAUGAUGAGUGAAGUACAAGAUAAGAGCAGCACGGAAUAUCAACGGAUGACAUGGGAUGCCUUAAAGAAGAGCAUAAAUGGGUUAGUCAACAAGGUCAAUGCCACAAACAUCAAGAAUAUCAUUCCAGAGUUGUUUGCUGAAAACUUGAUCAGGGGAAGAGGACUGUUUUGUCGAUCUUGCAUGAAGUCGCAGAUGGCUUCUCCUGGUUUUACAGACGUUUUUGCCGCGUUGGUUGCUGUUGUAAAUACUAAGUUCCCAGAAGUGGGAGACCUUCUGCUGCGAAGGAUUAUUUUGCAGCUUCAAAGGGCAUAUAAGCGAAAUGACAAGCAUCAAUUGCUGGCUGCCGUCAAGUUUAUAGCACAUUUGGUGAAUCAGCAGGUAGCUCAUGAGAUUAUUGCUCUUGAACUACUCACCACUUUAUUAGAAAAUCCAACUGAUGAUAGUGUGGAGGUGGCUGUUGGAUUUGUUACCGAGUGUGGGUCGAUACUGCAGGAUUUAACCCCGAAAGGUUUGCAUGGUAUAUUUGAGCGUUUUCGUGGAAUUCUUCAUGAGGGAGAGAUAGACAAAAGGGUGCAGUUUUUGAUUGAAGGCCUCUUUGCAUUAAGAAAGGCCAAGUUUCAGGGUCAUCCAGCUGUUCGCCCAGAGUUAGAUCUUGUUGAGCUGGAGGAUCAAGUUACCCGUGAAGUAUCUCUCCUUGAUGAGAUUGAUCCAGAGACCGGUCUAGAUAUUUUCAAGUUUGAUCCUGAUUUCAUUGAGCAUGAAAAGCGCUAUGAAGCUCUGAAGAAAGACCUCCUUGGUGAUGAAUCUUUCGAAGAUGAAGACGAUGAUGGAGCGGAUUCUGAUGAUGAGGAUGACGAAUCUUCAGAAGAGGAGGAUGAAGAGCAAAUGAGGAUACGAGAUGAAACGGAAACAAAUCUUGUAAAUCUCCGUAGAACGAUUUACUUGACGAUUAUGUCUAGUGUAGAUUUUGAAGAAGCUGGUCAUAAGCUUCUGAAAAUUAAACUGGAGCCUGGACAAGAGAUGGAACUUUGUGUUAUGUUGCUCGAGUGCUGCAGUCAGGAACGAACUUACCUUCGUUACUAUGGUCUUUUAGGUCAGCGGUUUUGCAUGAUCAACAAAGUCCACCAAGAAAACUUUGAGAAAUGUUUUGUGGAGCAGUACUCUAUGAUUCAUCGGCUCGAGACAAACAAGCUGCGCAAUGUGGCCAAGUUUUUUGCUCAUCUACUUGGGACCGAUGCUUUGCCUUGGCAUGUACUGGCUUACAUCCGGCUAACUGAGGAGGACACCACUUCCUCUUCUCGAAUUUUCAUCAAGAUUCUUUUUCAGGAGUUAUCUGAACAUCUUGGCAUCCGUCUGUUGAACGAGCGUCUCAGUGAUCCAACAAUGCAAGCAGAUUUUGAAUCUAUUUUCCCAAGAGACAACCCUAAGAACACACGGUUUUCAAUCAAUUUUUUUACAUCUAUUGGGCUUGGUGGGAUCACAGAGAAUUUGAGAGAGUAUUUGAAGAACAUGCCUCGUCUUAUCAUGCAACAAAAACCUGUGUCCGAGUCAGAUAAUUCUGGUUCUUCUAGUUCAGGAUCUGAAUCAUCAAGCUCCGAAAGUGAGAGCGAGAGUGAUAGCAGUCUUAGUGAUCACAAGAAGAGCAGUAAGCAUCGAAGGAGGCGUUAGUCUUGAAAACCUUCACGUGAAGAUGUUCCUCGUUAGGAGUUGAUUUUGAGUCUGGUGCUUGUUCUAUUCGAUUAUAUUGUUAUGAUUUCAAUCAAGUGUAACCUGUAUAAUGUUUUUGUGAUUUUGUUAAAUAUGGUUCAUACUUCUUAUGAGAGAUUACAGAUGCUGUUGUAAGUUUCCAAUGUUUUUCAAUUUUUGAUAGAUUUGGUUCAA